AUGGAGGAGUAUCGAGCGGAAUUGGCAAAGAAAAAGGAGGAGAAACAACUGGAGCAAGAGCAAGCUAGAGCCGAGAAAGGAAGAAAGAAUUGGCAAGGCAGGGGGAGUCAAACUCCAGGCGGUGGUGGAUCUCAAACAUCAGAUUCAUCUCAAUCUCAAUCGCAAUUGGACUCAAAUGCUGCUUUUACAAUUGAGGACUAUGAACUCAUUUGUUCAUACCUGGGUGUUCCUGAUAAUUAUUCAAAGCUUUACGGUAGCGGCAAUCAAACAGAUUUUGGACCUCGACCACUUACUAAGACUGUGGCAUACGAGAUGAAGAAAGUUGCGGAAAUCACCGGAGCAGGGAUAGAGGAAGAGCAUGGGAUUUUGACGCUUCGGGACUUGCUCAAUGAGAAGUGCCCAUGCUACAAAUGCAUGGAUGCGAUUUUUGGUGCAAAGCCGAACGUGACUCCCUGCAUGCAAUACAACUCGGUAGAUGGUUCAAAUCUCUAUGGCAGCUCUGACGGAAGCUCUCCAGAGGUUGUCCAUUUGGGUUGGGAGGAAUUUUGUCUAGGGUUGUUCGUGGGCUUCCACUUGUUAGUUGUUUGUGGGCUUCCACUUGUUAGUUAUUUGCGGGCUUCCACUUGUUAG